ACAACAGAAGUUACAGCUACAUUUUGUCUUUUCUUGGGAGGAGGAUGGAGGAGUCCGAGCCCUUGGCCCCACGCAGGCCUGGAUUUGGCAGGGCUCAGUACGGAUGGAGUGGACACAUUCAAAGCCUGGAGUCCCAUAUAGUCGAGGACUUCAGGAGAAAACUCAAAUAUUUCUUCAUGAAUCCCUGUGAAAAAUAUAAAGCAAGAGGUCGGAAGCCCUGGAAACUCAUGAUACAGAUUCUUAAAAUUGCAAUUAUCACUGCGCAAUUGGUGUCUUUUGGACUGAGCAAUGAAAUGAUGGUCACAUUCAAAGAUGAAAGCCUGCUGACGUUCAAACAUCUAUUUCUCAAAGAUUUCAAGGACUAUCAAAUGGAACCUUACGCUAUUUACAUCAAAGCAGAUUUAUAUAAUCACAUCUACUUUGUGAUUGACAGGUUCCUCCACCUUCAGAACUUGACAAUGGGUAAUCUUGCGCACACAAUGGUGGAUGGGAGAACAGCUCCUUUGUCUCUGUGUAAAGUUUUCUAUAGAAACAGCAGCAUUGAUCCAAGCAACGAGACAUUCAACAUCGACCCACAUAUUGAACAAGAGUGUAUCUAUGUUUACCCUAUGGGAUCAGUGGACAAAUGUUUAGAUACACGCACCAACUUCUCUUUGGAUUUCAGAAGACUUAUAUCAGUCAACAUCUACCUCAGUCUGAAGUCCAUAAACUUACAGACAGUUCGAAACCACGAGCUGCCGGACUGUUAUGACUUUAAAAUCCAGAUAAUUUUUGACAACAGCGCCCAUAGUGGAAGGGUUAAUGUUGUUGUUGAAAAUAAUGUGAGCAUAUAUGAAUGUAAAGACUGGAGAGUUGAAGGCACUUCUGGUAAAAACAACUAUGGACUGCUGGUGUUUGAUUCAGUUGUCAUCCUGUCCUGUUUUGCCUCCUUAAUCCUGUGUGGUCGCUCCAUCAUCAAUGGCAUACAACUUCAAUUUGAGUUCAACAUAUUCUUCCAUGCGUAUUUUAAUAAAAUUGUGAGUUGGUCGGACCGUAUGGAGUUUAUCAAUGGCUGGUACAUCCUGAUAAUCAUCAGUGACAUUUUGACCAUUACUGGGUCGGUAAUGAAGAUAGGGAUCCAGACAAAGUUUCUGACAAACUAUGAUGUCUGCAGUAUUUUGUUGGGAACAGCCACAAUGCUGGUCUGGGUUGGGGUCAUUCGUUAUUUUGGAUUCUUCAAGAAAUAUAAUAUUUUGAUAUUGACCCUGAGAGCAGCUUUUCCAAAUGUGAUUCGAUUUUGCUGUUGUGCUGCGAUGAUCUACUUUGGUUAUUGUUUUUGUGGAUGGAUCGUACUAGGACCACAUCACAACAAAUUCAGGACACUGGACAAAGUGACCGAAUGCCUGUUUUCUCUGAUUAAUGGGGACGACAUGUAUGCCACCUUCUUGAACUUGAAGGACAGGAGCUACAUAGUGUGGCUGUUCAGCAGGCUCUAUCUGUACUCCUUCAUUUCUCUCUUUAUUUACAUGGUGCUCAGCCUGUUUAUAGCCCUCAUCACUGACACAUAUGAGACCAUCAAGCACCAUCAGCAGGAUAAGGUGCCAGUGUCUGAGCUGCAGGCCUUCAUGGCUGAGUGCAGAGAUCAGCCUGAGUCCGGAAGAUACCAGACCAAUAAUAAGUCCUCCAUCUCCUGCUGCUGCUCUGGAUGA